AGGCAGCGAGAGGGGAGGGGACAGACGGGCUGGAAGACACAGGUCCACACACCGGCCUGGAGACUGAUAACAGCAGCAGCAGCAGCUAGCGGGGGACAGACAGAGAGACAGAGGUCAUCUGACGGACCAAGCGUCACAUACUUAUUAUUUAUUUAUUUGUUUGUUUGUGAGUGGAGUAUUUAUUGUAUUUCUACCGAAGAUGAACGGAGUGACGAGAAGUCUGUGCACGUUUGAAGACAUCAGAAAUCAAGACAACGAGGGGUGCAGGCGACUGCGGCUCACUCUGCACAACCAGAGCCAGGCAGCGCGGAGCUCAGAGCAGCAGAGGGACAAGCCAAUCGGACGAGCGUUUGCGCUGGUGCAGCCGAAUGACAAGACAACGCUGACCCCUGAACCGGUCAAAUCUACAGAGGAGCAAGUGGAGGUUAUCAAGGUUUAUCUGGAGGCACGCAAACAAGAGCAGCAGAAGCACCAGCAGAGCUUGAAAAUGCUGUCGGAUGAAGUUUCACAGAUACAGGAGGUGAGGUAUUGCCUGAAGACACUGAGGGAGCAGAUGGCAGCCAAAAACAAGCCUCUCACAAACGGGUGGAAAGUUGGUGUUCCCUUCAGAAAGAGCUCCUCAUCUGCACCCAAGGCAGGAUCUAAAGCUGACGGACAGGAAGCAGAUGAAGAAGCAGAGAGAACCAAGCUGAGGGAGGUCAGUAAGCGCUUGUAUGCACAGCUCCAGGAAGCAGAAAAGAAACACCAAGAGGAGAAAGAGCGGCUGCAGGCUGAAGGCAGCAGGCUGAGGGAGCAUCUGAGCGAACAGCAGGAGAAGUUGGAGACUGCAGAGGAAGCCAGUGAGAGGAAAGACAAGCGCAUAGAGGAGCUCCAUAGGUUACUGGCAGGGAUGGAGCAGGAGAGCUCCACCCUGCGGGAGACGAUCCGCAACCGGGAGGAGGAACUCCGUGAGCUGCGCAAGAUCAGAGAGGAGGGCCAGAAGGGGGAGCAGAGGGCUGAGCAGUUGGAGAGGGAGGUGGCCAUCCUCAAAGAAAAGAUCCACCAUCUGGAUGACAUGCUGAAAAGCCAGCAAAGGAAAGUCAGACACAUGAUUGAACAGCUCCAGAACUCUCGCAUGGUGAUCCAGGAGAGGGACCGCGUGAUUAAAGAGCUGGAGGAGAAAGUGGCUUUCUUGGAGGCUGAGAACCGAGAGAUGCGUGACCAGAUGGACUACUACCUGGGAGGACAAAAGUCAAAUUCCUACCUGUCUUCUGAGCGCAACCCCCAGAUUGUCUACAGUAAACCAAUCAAGCCAUCCACCUCAUCAAACAAACCACUCCCUUUCAUCAAAGUCAUCGAGAUCAAGUCGUGAAGCGAAUGUGCAGAAGAAAGACACAGCUAAUGCUUAGAAAGGCGCCGAAACAGCGAACCUUUCAAAGCAGACUGAAACCAAACAGCACCACAUACGGUGACACGAUUAUCUGAGAUCUCGUAGCUGAGCUUGACUGCACCUACAUGAACACUUCCACUGUUGCGUUUGAACCACAAACACUCCUGAAGGAAACCGUGUGAUGUUCUGAUGACACACACACACACACACACACACAUUGGGGCUUGCUGUGUGUCUGUGUAUGUGAGUAAUGAAUGAGUGUGCAUGUCAGUUUUAAUGUAGAUACAUUGAGCAUACUGAUCUAGUUGCGGUGCAUUUGAAGUUUUAAUACUGCAUUCUGUAUGCAAGUAUUUCCUUGUCCUGGCCUGUUUUGAUUUUUAACCUUUGUGUUUAUGGCAUUGCUGUGUAUCAAAACAGAACUCUUGAGCAAAGUGCAGGAUGGCAGGUGUUUUGCCAAAGUGGGUUGUGACAUCAUGAAGUCCAUAAACGGUAAUGUAGCAAAUGAAGCUAACUAAGCUAAAUGUUUUAUGUAAAAAAGCGUUAACUAGGUUAUCUACAUUUUGUCUUUUGUAGUCACACAUUCAUGACUCUGUUCAUUGCUAAGUGAAUGGUAUGAUGCUUUAAACUUGUAAAUACUGACUGUAUCCUAUAUAAUGAUGAAAAUAAUUCUUUAAAUUAAUUAAAAAGCUGGUUUUUAAGCCCCAAACAACAAUAUGGCACUUCAUGAAACUGUGAGGAAACAGUAGGAAAAGUGUUGAACUUCAGUGAAAAUCACAAAAGUGUCAUUAUUCCAAAUGUUUCUUGUAAAGCAUUUCAGGUCCCCGUCUUUAUGUAAAGAGUCAGCUUGUUUUGUACAUAAUAUUAAUGAAUGUGAUUUGUUGUAUUAUUUUCUGCCUAACAACUCUCUCCUUUGUAUUUAUUUAUAUUAAAUAAAAACUCUAGAUUGUG